AUCAACCCUGUGCUCUCCUCUGCUUUCCCACCACCACCAAACAACCCCUACCUUUCUCAUUUACAGCUCUCCAAUAAGACCUUAUUAUUAGGACUAUUACUGUACCACUUACUGCAUUGGGCACCCUACAAAAUCCAAUGGCUUCUUCAUCAGCCGUCGGUACUGUGAUGAUUUUGGUGACUCUAUGUUUGUCCUCUACCUUUGUUAACUCUGGCUCCGAUUACGUUCAGUCCGAAUGCUUGAAGGUCCCAGCUUCGGAGUUCGUAAGUUCGGUGAGGUCCACCAUUGAUGAAGUCCGACAAGUCAUCUCCAUCGUUUCCAAAUUCACCAAUGCAUUUGGUGAUUUUCGACUCUCCAAUGCCAUUUCUGACUGUCUUGAUCUCCUCGACCUCUCUGCCGAUGAACUCACCUGGACUCUCUCUGCUUCUCAGAAUCCCAAUGGUAAAGAUAACAGCACUGGUCAUAUAACUGCUGAUAUGAGGACAUGGCUGAGUGCUGCACUUGGUAACCAAGACACAUGCCAAGAAGGCUUUGAUGGUACCAAUAGUAUUGUCAAAAGUUUGGUUGCUGAGAGCCUCAACCAAGUAACCUCGUUGAUCAUUGACAUUCUUAGCAUGGUACGCCAAGUUCCUGACACAAAGUCCAAAGGUGGCCCUGUCAAUGGCCGUGGUGCUAGUUAUCACCCGGAGAGGAAGCUCAAGAGCAGUAGUGGCCAUUUUCCCAAUUGGGUCAAGCGCAAGGAUCAGAGGAAACUCCUUCAAAAAAAAGGAGUAUUGGCCGAUGCUAUAAUAGCUGCAGAUGGGACUGGAAACUUCACUAAUAUAAUGGAUGCGGUCUCUGCAGCCCCUGACCAGAGCUUAAGCCGGUAUGUCAUAUACAUUAAGAAGGGUGUGUACAGAGAGUAUGUGGAGAUUAGUAAGAAGAAAUGGAAUCUCAUGAUGGUUGGUGAAGGCAUGGAUGUUACGGUUAUUUCUGGUAAUCGGAGCUUCAGUGAUGGUUGGACCACCUACCGAUCUGCAACAUUCGCUGUUAAAGGCCAAGGAUUCAUAGCACGAGAUAUGACAUUUGAGAACACUGCAGGGCCUCAAAAGCACCAAGCAGUUGCAUUCCGAUCAGACUCUGAUUUAUCUGUCUUGUUUCGAUGUGCCAUAAGGGCUUACCAGGACACACUAUAUGCACACUCUAUGCGCCAAUUCUACAGAGAAUGCCAAAUCACUGGUACUGUAGAUUUCAUCUUUGGAGAUGGAACCGCGGUCUUCCAAAACUGUCAAAUUCUAGCCAGGAAGGGUCUACCAAAUCAAAAAAACACCAUUACAGCUCAGGGCCGCAGGGAGCUAGCUGAAACCACAGGAUUCUCUAUCCAAUUCUCCAACAUAUCUGCUGAGCCAGAUUUACUAGCUUCAGUGAACUCCACGCCCACAUACCUUGGUCGUCCGUGGAAGCUAUAUUCGCGGACAGUCUUCAUGCAAUCGUACAUGAGUAGCGCAAUUAGAGCAGAAGGGUGGCUAGAGUGGAAUGGGAAUUUUGCUCUGGAUACUCUCUACUAUGGUGAAUAUAUGAACUAUGGCCCAGGGGCUGGUUUGGAUAGCAGGGUCAAGUGGCCAGGGUUCCAUGCAAUGAAUGACUCAGCUCAGGCCAGCAACUUCACCGUGUCUCAAUUCCUUCUGGGAAACUCAUGGUUGCCUUCAACCGGUGUCAAAUACACAGCAGGACGGAUGGUUUAAGCAGGAUAUAUCUACUACGUUCAUGCAUUUAUGAGCUUUUUAUUUUUGAUCCAAUAUUUCUUUUGAUUUUUAGGGAGCAUGGUUGGUUUGUAUUCAGCAAAAAAUGAAUGUGACUUGACUUGUGAUGAAGCUAGAUGAAGACAACCAUUUUUAUUUUCUAUUGUCUGGUCCAUGACUCCUAAUUAGUCCUGGUUUAUGUAGCACUUUCCUCUUGUAAGCCUG